AUGAAAUUACGCGAUCGAAAAUGGACAUUUGCGGUGGAAGAGGCUACGCGCCGCUUAUUGACUUCUUUUGUGUUCCAUUCUAAGCGUGAUCAUCAGAUGUUCGAGAGGCUGAUGAGGGCGAAUGGGUUGAGAGGAGCUUUGCCUAACGCAAUCUUUACGAAAUUUACCACCCCUCCUCAUGAUGUAAGAGCAAACGAGCCGUCGUCAGAGUGGGACACCAUUCUUAGGGUGGUCGAUAUCACUGAUAACGUCGUCAGAAACGUAUUGAUUGACAUGGCAUCUGUGGAGGGUACUGUGCUGCUGAACUCAGAUCAGGACGCUCGACGAAUUAUGGAUGGCUUGUGUCCCGACAAAUGUGUACGGGCGUACACUCCAACAGGAGGCAUGGCUAUGGGAAGAAAUCGGCGUGGCGAAGGCUUUUACCGCUUCUAUGCUUGUCGCAUUCAACCACGGCCUACGAUACUGUUGGGGCAAGAUGCUGAGGUUGACAUA